AUGGCCAAGCAAGUGCUGAAGUACCACGACGUGCUGCUCUACGAGUCCGACGUGGCGCUCUUCGCAAGUCGCCAGUGGCUCAAUGACACCGCCAUCAACUUCUACCUGCAGUACCUGACGCACACGUGCGCUCCGAGCGACACGUUGCUCAUGGACCCGGCCGUUGUUUCGUGUCUGCUGCAUCAGUGCGAGGACGAAAACGAGUACUCUGACUUGGCCAGAGGUCUAGACCUCCAAUCCCGACGUGUUUGCAUUGUCCCCGUGACGGACAACGAAGCACUGGGUGGAGGCAGCAGUCACUGGUCGCUGCUGCUUUACCGCGACGGCAGUUUCCGUCACUUUGACUCGAGCUCUGGCCACAAUCAACACGCGGCUAGACGAGUAGCCAAAUCGUUUGAGCGGCUGUUGCAUGCGGCUGGCAGACAGGAUGGAGAUGGAGCUUCUGAUCGAGUAGAGGAGGUAGUAGACGCCCCUCAGCAGCAGAAUAGCUACGAUUGCGGUGUAUAUGUGCUGCUGCUAGCCGAGUUUUUCAGCCGCCAGCUGCAAAAUGAGACGAGUCCCUCUGCUUAUGCAACGCAGGACCGAGCGACGGACCUUCGUCGACAGAUGUCUGAGCUCAUCGAGCGACUUCAGAGUGCAGAGGGGUCGUGUUGGUUUGAUUGA